GGUUUAUCGACCGGGCGAUUUUGGUUAAAAUAUUCAAAAUGGCGGACGGAGGAGCAGCGAGUCAAGAUGAGAGUUCAGCCGCGGCGGCAGCAGCAGCAGAAUGAUUGAGUUUGAAUAUGAAGGAAGAAGAGCCUAAAUAGGAGAGAUGUUCUGGGGCUGUCCUUCUCCACAAAAGACUGGAAAAGUAAGAAGAUCUUUCCUGCCUUUUUAAUUACCAAACUACUCUCAGUUUUCAUUGAAUCAGUUCAAAGAAAGAAUGCAGUCUUUCUAUACCUGAUUUUGCAGCAAUGCUGGACUGCAGUGACUGUGUUCUAGACUCAAGAAUGAACAAUCCGUCAGAAGCCAAUAAGUCAUCAAUGGAGAGUGGAGAUGCCAGCACAGGCACACAGACCAAUGGCCUGGACUUUCAGAAACAGCCCGUGCCUGUUGGAGGAGCAAUCUCAACAGCCCAGGCCCAGGCUUUCCUUGGACAUCUUCACCAGGUCCAGCUUGCUGGGACAAGUUUACAGGCUGCUGCUCAGUCUUUAAAUGUACAGUCUAAAUCUAGUGAAGAGUCCGGGGAUUCGCAGCAGUCAAGCCAGCCUUCCCAGCAGCCUUCAGUGCAGUCAGCCAUUCCUCAGACCCAGUUAAUGCUGGCUGGGGGACAGAUUACUGGGCUCACUUUGACACCAGCCCAGCAACAGUUAUUACUACAGCAGGCACAAGCCCAGGCCCAACUCCUGGCUGCUGCAGUACAACAGCACUCUGCCAGCCAACAGCACAGUGCUGCUGGGGCCACCAUCUCAGCUUCUGCUGCCGCGCCCAUGACACAGAUCCCCCUGUCUCAGCCCAUACAGAUUGCACAGGACCUUCAACAGUUGCAACAGCUUCAGCAGCAAAAUCUCAACUUGCAACAGUUUGUGUUGGUGCACCCAACCACCAACUUGCAACCAGCACAGUUUAUCAUCUCACAGACUCCCCAGGGCCAGCAGGGUCUCCUGCAAGCGCAGAAUCUUUUAACUCAACUACCUCAGCAAAGCCAAGCCAACCUCCUGCAGCCGCAGCCAAGCAUCACCCUCACCUCCCAGCCCGCCACCCCAACUCGCACAAUAGCAGCAACCCCAAUUCAAACACUUCCACAGAGCCAGACAACACCAAAGCGAAUUGAUACUCCCAGCUUGGAGGAGCCCAGUGACCUUGAGGAGCUUGAGCAAUUUGCUAAGACCUUCAAACAAAGACGAAUCAAACUUGGAUUCACUCAGGGUGAUGUUGGGCUCGCUAUGGGGAAAUUAUAUGGAAAUGAUUUCAGCCAAACCACCAUCUCUCGCUUUGAAGCCUUGAACCUCAGCUUUAAGAACAUGUGCAAGUUAAAGCCACUUUUAGAGAAGUGGCUAAAUGAUGCAGAGAACCUCUCAUCUGAUUCUACAGCAUCUAGCCCCAGUGCCCUGAAUUCACCAGGGUUGGGGGCUGAGGGCUUGAAUCGUAGGAGGAAAAAACGCACCAGCAUAGAGACCAACAUCCGUGUGGCCUUAGAGAAGAGUUUCAUGGAGAAUCAAAAGCCUACCUCGGAAGAUAUCACCUUGAUUGCUGAACAGCUCAAUAUGGAAAAGGAGGUGAUUCGUGUUUGGUUUUGUAACCGCCGCCAGAAGGAAAAAAGAAUCAACCCACCAAGCAGUGGUGGGACCAGCAGCUCACCUAUCAAAGCAAUUUUCCCCAGCCCAACCUCACUGGUGGCAACCACUCCAAGCCUUGUGACAAGCAGUACAGCGACUACCCUCACAGUCAACCCUGUCCUUCCCUUAACCAGUGCUGCAGUAACUAAUCUCUCUCUUACAGGCACUACAGACAGCACGUCCAACAACACAACCACCGUGAUUUCCACAGCACCCCCUGCUUCCUCAGCAGUCACAUCCCCGUCUUUGAGUCCCUCUCCUUCUGCCUCAGCCUCCACCUCUGAGGCCUCCAGUGCCAGCGAGACCACCACAACACAGACCACCUCCACGCCUCUCCCCUCCCCUCUCGGAGCCAGCCAGGUGAUGGUGACAGCAUCCGGUUUGCAAACAGCAGCUGCUGCUGCUCUUCAAGGAGCUGCACAGUUGCCAGCAAAUGCCAGUCUUGCUGCUAUGGCUGCUGCUGCAGGACUCAACCCAGGCCUGAUGGCACCCUCACAGUUUGCUGCUGGAGGCGCCUUACUCAGCCUCAACCCUGGAACUCUGGGUGGCGCUCUCAGCCCAGCCCUGAUGAGCAACAGUACACUGGCAACUAUUCAAGCUCUUGCUUCUAGUGGUUCUCUUCCAAUAACGUCACUGGAUGCAACUGGGAACCUGGUAUUUGCCAAUGCAGGAGGAGCCCCCAACAUCGUGACUGCCCCUCUGUUCCUGAACCCUCAGAACCUCUCUCUGCUCACCAGCAACCCAGUAAGCUUGGUUUCUGCCGCAGCAGCCUCCACAGGGAACUCCGCACCCACAGCCAGCCUUCAUGCCUCCUCCACCUCAGCUGAGUCCAUCCAGAACUCUCUGUUCACAGUAGCCUCUGCCAGCGGGGCUGCUGCCACCACCACCACCGCCUCCAAGGCACAGUGAGCUGGGCUGCCACAGGCCUUCGUCACUGCAGGGUGAUGGGCUACCAGCUGUCUAAGAAACUGACAAGUGUGAUUGGCUUCCUCCCACCAUGUUGUGAGAAUGAGGAAGACAUGGAGAGAAGAAAAAUACACAUACCAGAAAAAAAAAAAAAAAAACAAUAGAGACAGGACAACGUUUGCCUAAUUUUAUAAUAAAACAAUGUCUUUUCAGGAUUGCUUCAUGGAUUGGAGAACUUUCUAACCAAAAAUUUAAAAGGAAAAAAAAAAACAGAAACAAAAAAUCAAAAACAGACAGACAAAAAUAAGUAAAAGGACUACUUAUCAUUUCCAGCAGUCAUGAUGACAAGCUAAGGGUGUUUCUAGACUACAUAAAUGAGCCCAUUGAAAAGGAAGAGCUUGUGAAAAUGGAUGAAGAUGAAUGAGGGUCUGCAGGCAGACAGCUGGCUACAGUGCUAUUUCAACAAGGAAGCGUCUGUACGUGGGAGUUCCUUAUAUGAUCUCAUAAGAUAACAGUGGGCAGUCAGUGCCCGUUCAGACCCCGAAAAUUACAGGAGGAAAUGAAGUGCACUCUCGCACACUGGUAAGUGUCUGUUAGGAGCACUGUGGUAGGUUGGCUGGGGGGGAUGUGUCUUCGUUUCCAUUCCUACAGGAGUCUGCAGAAGGCACAUGCUUUCUAGGUGAAGUGAGCUAGUUAGUGCUAGCCUGGUUAGGUAAGUUGCAAACAAUGUGGGAGUGGGAGUGGCAUGUCCUCCAAGACUGUGACCAUAUUACAACAUUGGCUUUCUACAGUUUGAAUGGUAAAUGGUCUCCUCUAAGACCAGAUGGCAGGAGAAAGACUUCUUUUCAGUCCUUACCUCUGCUUCCAUGGGAAUGUGUGCAUUACUCAGUCCACAGGAGGGCUCACUGAGGGAGGUACCCUGUCCCCACAAGUGGGUCUCAACCAUUCCUCUCGUCUGUGGUAGUAGAGGCUAGGUGAGUAAGUGUGGGGUUCUCUGCCCACCACUUGUCCAGGAGCUGUUGUAUACCUCAUUUCUAACUCGUGACUGAGUGACUUGCUUUAACUUCCUCUCAGCCCUACAGAGUUGCCAAGUCUGCCCUCCCUCUUCUCAGCAACAUUAAACUCUGGCCUAUAGCAUCACUAGACCUGUCACCUAGGGUGGGACAACCCCUCUCCCCACCCCACCUCAAGCCUCUGAAUGUCUCUUUGAAGCUACUACAAACUGAGGGCAAAUUGCAAUCUUGUGUUUCUUUUCAUUGCCAGGGAUCUUCACAGGUCUCUUAACAUGCCUCCCCACCAUCUUGCCUUCAAGGACUGCCAGCUGGCCUCUCCCCAGUCUGCCCCUUAUUUCUAGCUGCUGGAUACACAUCAGCUUCUGUCCUUGCCUUUUCCAAGUGGGGUCAAGGCUGACAUUUCCCCUCUGAAGCCUUGGGUUUCUCUUCAUUGCCAGGAUUUGGUAGAAAGGACACCAAAGGUUCAUUUAAGCUGAUUGCCGCAUAUACAUUUCACUUGUUUCCUGUGUGACAUGACCAAAAAAUAAUUCCAAAUCUUUAAGUUUAUAUUAUUAAUAUUAUAAUUAUUAUUAUUAUUUGACAAUCUUAUAUCCAACGGGCUUUCUGGACGCUGCAUCUCUGGCCCUUUCAACGUUUUCUUUGAAUGUAGUUCUUAACUUGCAAUUCCCAUCCCCAAAGUUGGGGAGAAAAAAGCUUAGCCAGCCCAGGUCAUAAUACUGCUGCUAUAAGCCAGGGGAGGGUGGUUUCUUUGUUUUGUUUUGUCUUUCCAUUUCCAGCCAAAACCAAAGAUUUCUUAAUGAUUGUAUAAACUCAAAACAAACAAAAAAACCAAAGAAAAGGGAAGUCUUCGGCCUCAACCCAGUCUGUGGUGUCCUGGCACUUCGAGGCAUGCCCAAGGAUAGGUGGGGACACUUGUGGCCAGCUCAAAGGGGCAAGCAAGUUUCUUUCCAGUUGAGGGUUUUGUUCAGGUGCAUGCUUAGUAUUCUUGGCCCUUACCCGCUUGGUGAGCAGAGCAUGCAUGAGAGAAAUUGGCACAUCUGAUUUUACAAAAACCAAAAUCCCAUCACCAUCACAACUCAUGGGACCCAUGUGAUGGCAGCCAGGGUCACCCCCAGAGCUUAGCACAGAGCCUUAGAGCUGGGAGUUGCUACAGGGUGGCCACAGACUCCACAGAGUGGGGAAGCUGAAGACGCUGGCACAGGAUUGGCUGCUCUGCUGGGUGCUUUCACGUCUGGGCAGGGUCUCCACCCAGGGCCCUUCUGAGCCUUCUUUCUCUUUUCUGUUACUGGAACUGCUUGGAAGUGGCUGUCCUGUCUGUGAGGAAACAUGCAGAAUGAUUAUCAGACUUUAUCUUACGUGUAGUUUUGUUUCCUUUUGCAGCGCACUGUGCAACUAUGCAUUGUAUUUCAUAACCUUUGUGCUAGGUAGAUGCCGGUGACUUUUUAACUGGGGUGGGUGGGCUAGGGAGUCGCAAAUGAAGGAAAUUUUUACAUGGAUCUUUCUAAUCUCAGUUGAUUGGGGGAGGGGGGGUUUUGGUUCUAGGGUCAUACAAGCUCUAUCCCAAAGCAAAAUCCAAAUGUUAAUAAUACUAGCCUGAUGCAGAUACCAAAGACAAUUUCUUUCCUGCAGAACCUUAGACUUGUGUAUUAAGUACGAUUACCCAGCACUUGCAUUAGUCUAACCUCAGUAAUUCCAAAGCUUAGAUGUAUAUUUUGGUAUAUUUCCAGGAUAUUAAAAGAAAAAUGUCGUUUUAACUUCUUGUUUGUUUCAGUGUAAUGCUCUUAAAGUCAUAGCAUGAAAUAAUUGAGCUGUCUUAUUCUUGGUAGUUUGAAAUAAUAGUAUUUUUGUAUGUUUUGGGUGUGUCUGUAUGUAUUAACAUAACAGUUUUCACUGCCUAGGUGUUGAUAAUAAAAAUGAAAGAUUCUGAGUGUACAUACUAUUCAGUAACAAUCUCCAUCAGUGUCCACGUGAGCAUGGGCUCACGACUGCCCAGCUGGGGUCCGCUUUUAAAGAGACGGUGAUUGUGUUUUUCUGAAGAUGUUUAUUUCUGUCUUUAAGAAUCUUCCCCACUUCUUUUUUUCCUUCUUCUUUUUUUUUUUAAUUAAUAUUGAUUCAGGGGUGUUUUUCCACUGUUGUCAAGGGAGGAACACAAGGGGAAUUGGUACCUUGGCCUCCCAAAAUAUGUUAUUUUAUGUACUUUAAAAUGUGAGUUUGAGUUCUUCUUUGUGGAAACUUACAAUAUGAUGUACAUGAUUCUUUCCGGAAUUGUGCAGCAGCUUUGCUGAGGCAAUGGCAAUUCCUGAGUAGUUACUGGGUGUCCUCUUACAUUUCUCCUUAAGACGACUUCGCAGUCUGGGUGGCUAUUGUGGAGCCUCACUGCCCCAGAGCGUCUGUAGCCAUUUCUCCUUGGAUGGAAAUAUUUUAUCAAAAUCAGCCGAUAGCUUGGAGCACUGGCCCUUGUUAUCUGUGCCCCUGGGAAAUGUGUUUUUCUUGGUUUGGAAAACCUGAAACACAAACAGUUCAACUUGUUGGGGAUUAGCUGAUACCUCCAGAGGCCUGGGGAAAUGGUGGGGACUAUGAGCGGUGCUGUCUCUUUAAAAAGUGCCCUUUAUGUGAUUGCCCCUCCUGGGGCUGCCAGAGGCGCUGGGGCUUGGAGAGAAUGUGCGGAUGCCAGUGAAACAGAAUGAAAUGGUGGGUUUUGUGUAGAUGCAUUUGUCUGCUGUAAUUUUUAUAUAUAUUAAACUUACUGUAACUGUACAGUUCCAAUUUCUGUUGUAAAACAUUAAACCAUUUUCCAAGUGU